CGAUGUUUUUCCACCUUCAUCUCUAAAAGAUCACGCAUCUAUGAGUCAUAAAAAUAAAUAUCCGAUUAACUAACUUCAACUUAAAUAUUAUGAAUAACCAGUGCGGAAUACCAGAUCAACAAUUUCUUUGGGAUGUAUUUCAAAGGCUGUUUUUUAGAGUGGACAAAGAUAGGAGUGGCCACAUAUCUGCGGAUGAACUUCAAAUCGCCCUUUCAAAUGGUACAUGGUCUGCGUUUAAUCCAGAAACCAUACGGUUGAUGAUUGGAAUGUUUGAUCGCGAAAAUAGGGGAACUGUAUCCUUUCAAGAUUUUGGAGCCCUGUGGAAGUAUGUAACAGAUUGGCAAAACUGUUUUCGAUCAUUUGACCGGGACAAUUCUGGUAACAUAGACAAAGAUGAGCUAAAGACGGCACUUACAUCUUUUGGAUACAGAUUAUCUGAUCAUUUAAUUGUCGUUUUACUCCGAAAAUUUGAUCGAUUUGGUCGUGGUACAAUUUUGUUCGACGAUUUUAUACAAUGUUGUAUCGUGCUGUAUACAUUGACAACAGCAUUCCAACAACAUGACACUGAUAUGGAUGGAGUUAUUACAAUACACUACGAACAGUUUUUAAGCAUGGUUUUUUCAUUAAAAAUAUAACUGUAAAUAUAACUAUUCAAAAAUAAAAAUAUUAAGUUUCAACAAAAAAA